CAUCAUUGAGAGGUGUUUAAGGAGAUCAUUGUGAAUGUUUCAGUACUGGCAAGUUCUUAUGGAUUUUAUUCAGAGUGGUAUGUUUCAGUACUAGCUAGUGUUUAAUUGUGUAUUACUCAGCACUGGGAGGUGUUUAAGGAGAUCACAGAGGUGUUUAUCUUGGUGCCAGCCCUGGUGGGACUGAAAGGCAACCUAGAGAUGACACUGGCAUCCAGACUGUCUACAGCAGCGAACACUGGGCAGAUGGAUGACCCGAAGCAGCAGUGGAGGAUGGUGUGUAGCAACUUGGCUCUUAUUCAGGUCCAGGCAACAGUGGUGGGUUUCCUGGCUGCGGUAGCCGCAGUGGGGUUGGGUGCGUUGACCAGGGGUCGUGUAGACUUUCUACAGGCUGCUGUCCUAUGUGGCAGUAGUGUCACGACAGCCUUUGUAGCUGCCCUGUCCUUGGGACUAGUGAUGGUGGGAGUGAUCAUCGGCUCCAGGAAGGUGGGCAUCAACCCUGACAAUGUGGCAACACCCAUCGCUGCCAGCCUGGGUGACCUCAUCACCCUCUCUCUGCUGGCCGGGGUCAGCAGCUUUCUCUUCAGGUUCAAAGAGAUGUGGUACCUGCCUGUGCUGGUGUGUGGCUUCUUCCUGGUUCUCAUCCCGCUGUGGGUGGUCAUUGCCCGGCGCUCUCCUCCAAUUAGAGAGGUCCUGAGGUCUGGGUGGCAGCCUGUCAUCGUAGCCAUGUCCAUCAGCAGUAUCGGAGGCCUUAUUCUGGACAAGACCGUGAGCGACCCGAACUUUGAGGGCAUGGCGGUGUUCACCCCAGUAAUCAACGGUGUGGGAGGUAACUUGGUGGCCAUCCAGGCCAGCCGCAUCUCCACCUACCUCCACUACUGGAGCAUGCCUGGGACCCUGCCCUCCAAGAUGGCACAACACUGGCCUGGCCCCUGCCUGACCUUCUGCUCCUCAGGGGUCAACAGCAAGUCAGCCAGAGUUCUGGUCUUCCUGGUGGUUCCGGGUCACCUGCUCUUCCUCUACACCAUCCACUUACUGAAGGGGGGCCACGGCGCCCUCACGUCUGCCUUCGUCUGCCUAUACCUGUGUGCAGCCCUGCUACAGGUGGUGAUUCUGCUGUACACGGCUGACCUGAUGAUGCGUUGGAUGUGGCGGCGGGGGCUGGACCCGGACAACUACUCUAUCCCGUACCUCACGGCUCUGGGGGACCUGUUGGGCACUGGCUUCCUGGCCCUGACAUUCAGAGCCGUUCUUUUGGGCAUUUCCUCUGGGAUGAAGGGGGUUUGAGAGAAGGGGCUAAUCCAUCAGCCUAUUUCUGUCCAACAUGGUCUUAUUGAAUAUAUUCAAAUAGAGACAUUUAGCUAUUGUAGUUAUAUGUCAGUUAUGCUGACGCAUUAUAUGUUGUUCUGUUCAUCCAUAAGCAACUCUGUUCAGGUCAUAUUUAAGUGAUAAUGUCCGAGAAGCCAAUGUUCAGAGGCUAUAUUGGCAGGGUUGUUGUUAGGCCCGAGACGAAAUGCCAAUAUACACCGGCUUUGAGAACAUUAUCACUUUUAUACAACAGGUUACCAACAUAUUCAUAUAAUGAUUGACAUAUAUGAAUUAAAAACGUCAUUUUCAUGAAUUUAUUCAUACCAUUUCAUCCUUCUACAAGAUAUAAUCCCGACACAAAUCUAGGGUUGCUAUCCAAGCCGUUCUAUCGGUUCGAUUGCCAGAGACGCGUUCCAGUCGUUCGUUCUAAAUGUUCCACUGCCAUACCGACUGGCAACGUUCUUAUUCCUUGCUUGCUAGCUAGCCAAUUAGUGCUAACUUACAGUCAAGUCAAAAAGUGACACAAUCACAAACACAGUAACACAAUUACUUCAAACUGAAGCUGGAAAGCCUGAAAACUAGCUGCACUUGGUUUUGUUUGACCUUGUUUCAAUUUACAUUUAUUUGUAUAUAACCAUAAAAAUGAUGCCAGCUGAUUCAUUAUUUCGACUGGCUAAGACACGCUUCCCGUCUUGUCCCGUUCAUUACUAAAUCAAAUCAAAUUGUAUUGGUCAGAUACACAUGGUUAGUAGAUGUUAAUGUGAGUGUAGCGAAAUGCUUGUGCUUCUAGUUCCGACAAUGCAGUAAUAGCCAAUGAGUAAU